AUGACUACGUCGAAAAUCUCACCCGCGUUAAAACAACUCCUCAGCGUCAAUGCACAUCCGCCCAGUCUUCAAUCCGCCGCAUUCCACCAUCAAUUGAAGGGACUACUCUCCGAUUUCAAUCGGACGGCUUCCGACAAGCGACUGACCUCUGACAGUUGGACGAUUUUUUCAACUGCAGCCCUAGUUUCACUCAAUAGACCAAGCGCCUUCGAACCGUUUUGGGCAUCGUUGAAUUCAACGACCGGAAACAAGGCAUCGCUUUACAAUGCAAACUUGAUUAGGGAGACGGCAUUGAAAUCGAUCUCGUUUAUCGGAAUAGCCAAAUCAAUCAAUGCCUUGAACACAUUCAGAGCAGUUUUGGAAAAUUCGAACCCGGACCUAAUCCCUCCAUUGGACCAACAAAAACCUAGAAGAAUACCCGAUGUGAACGAGAACUCGAUCGGAAAGGUCUCUCAAAGAGCGCUGGGCACAUGGAAAUCUAUCUAUCGACCGUUAGACGAGAAGUUAAUAUCCAAACUUUCGGCCGCCCAUCCCGACUUACCGGUUCACAUCUUACAUUCUCAUUACGGACCCUUGUUAUCCGACCCUACGGGAAACCCUGGCCCGAUUGGACGGAUCGGUACCAGUCUGAUAGCCGUUGGAACCCUUCGCGCGGCUGGCAACCUAGGCCCUCAAUUACUCUCGCAUGUCUACGGUCUCAAGAAAGCUGGCGAGGAACUCCACCAAGUCGGCGAGCCUUCACUUGGUCAGGGCACUGAGUGGCUAACCUCAGACGCCGGCGCUGAAUGGAUCGUCAAUGGUAUCGACCGAUUGUGUCAAUUGAUCUCAAACUCUGAGUCGGAUGCCCAUCAUGCUUCAAAACUUUGA